GACUUUUGUCUCAAAUACUUUGAAUGUAAGAACAUGUCUCUGCCAGUUGAAACUUAUUUCUUACAAUGCUCUCAGGAGUAAUAUGAGUAAGGUUUUCUACCAUUUCAAGACAGAAUUUCACAGGAAAAACUGGUGCACUGAAAUUCUACCUAUUUCAUGCUAAAUUUAGACCGAACGUCAGAACAUAAGCUCAUUAACAUAAAUUGCCACCUCCGCAAUUCGCAAAGCGUAGUGGGAAAUAUUUAAAGAUGGCUGCUGGAAAAGACGAAUCGGUAUGAAAUUUUAUACUUUGUUUUUUUUUUUGUUUUUGUUGGUCUAAUUUUAAAAGUUUUUGUAUAAACGAAUGAUAGAUGUAUUAGUUAGUUUAAAAGUUAUAAAAAUACAGGUUUAAUUAUAAGAUUAGCGUAGUUAAUGCCGUUUAAAAUGUGCAUUAUUUUGCGUCUUGAACAAAACGGAAUGCUCGCUGAAUGUAAACAAACUUAUGCGAUUGUGGUUUUGUGUUGAAAGGGCUUUAUUCUACCGAGCGUUUCGUUUGUAUUUUAAUGUUAGGCAUUUGAAUAUGUUUGAAUACUGUUAGUUUAACUGUGUUUACAAAGUUCUGAGGGAAAUUUUUGUGAAAAACGUGUAGAAAGUUCAUAUUUUCGAAUCUGACGCGUGUAAUUAAAUUAUUUAAAUAAUAGCAGUCAGAUAUAAAUCAUUUUAGCAGGUAGUCUCUAAUAGUUCUGUUGAGUAUGUGCUCAAAGCAUUGUUCUAGAUAUUUCACUAUGACUAAAUUAAAGGGUUAUCUGAACAUGUUAAUGUUCAUUUGCAGGUCAGAGUGUAUCAGGUGAUUUUAAUAUUUUGUCACAUGGGGGAACUGUACUAAAAAUAUAAUAUUAAUGUACUCGUCGUUCAUGUGACUGUGAUAGUGAAAAUUUUACAUGUGAUCAUACCCAAGUAAUUCUUGAAUGCAUACACAAUUAAAGACAUGGCCUCAAGCAUAUUUUGCUUUUUCAACCUUUGUCAGGAUUUGUUUAUGUCUGUGAGGCUUGACGAUGGCAGACGAAUAUGUAAAAUGUCGGUCUCAUCUCAAACAACUGGACAGGAUGUUGUUGAAUUGUUAAAACCAGAUGACGAGAACGUGUAUUAUUUACUUGAAAUUUGGAAAGGAUGCGGUAAGAAUGUGUUAAUUCUUUCAUUGAGUGUGUAACAUGGGGUGCAGGGAGGUAUAUAACAAAACUUUUGUUGGUAGGGAUUGAAACUACCUGGGUAUGUCAAAUUUCUCCUUGUAUUUUUUAGGUAAUUGCAUCCCUACAAACAAAAGUUUUGUUAUUAGAAUUAUUGUCAAUACCUACACUAGCAUAGACUGUUUAAGAUUAUAUCAGGGAGAUACAUACCCAAACAGUCUGUGACAACAUAACCUGCGAUCAGGCUUUUUUGGUACCAGUGUAGGUAGUGGGAAUAACACCUGAAAGCUGUGUAUUGAGAAGGAUUCAACUACAGGGGUGGAGAAAAUUCACUGCUAGCAGGAAAUGUUAAACAGCUGCAGGAAAUUCAUUUGAAUGAACAUUUGCUAUUGAAAUUUUGAAGGAAACCUUGACAUCCAUGUCCCACUAUGGGCGCAACAACAUAUGGUUGACAGACAUUAUUUCUUGAAUUUAAAAUCAUGGUCAGCUACAACACUAUAUGUUUAUGCACAUGCAGAUUUAGCACAAAAAUACUUUGUUGGUCUGCAGGAAUUUUUUAUCUUGUCUUCAUGUUUUGCUCCCAGGAAGAAAAUUUUCCUGCCAUGUUCAACUAACUGAAAAAUACAAGUAAAACUUCAACAUUUUGAGCGAAGGCCCUUCGUGGGGAAUUUAGUAGUAGAUAUAUGCCCCCGUGCAAUCUCUGGCACACCUGCCCCCCAGAAAAUGUAGCCCUGACUAGCCAUGCACACAGCCAUAGAUCCAUAAGGAGAGACAAUGUUUUACUAACUUUUUGAAAAAAAUACAGUUGCAAAUUGCAAUGUAAAUUCAACCAUAGAAAAUUCAUUUUCACCUAGCCUAUGCACAGACAGAACUUUCAAUUGCACCUGGCGUGGGGAGCAUGUUUUCAGGGAGGCAAGCAUCGUUGUUCUAUCAAGUGAAAGCCGCUAUCAAAACGUGCAUAACUUAUGGUAUAAGGCAUCUGCAUACAAUUGUAUUUCAUGUCUUUCUUGUCAUUUCAGAACGACCAAUAGCACAUGAAGAAAAGUUGAAAAAUGUGUUAUUACAAUGGGGAAGUGAUGUAGAUGACGUUGUAUUUAUGUUAAAGAGAAAAAAUUUUUCAUCAAGACAGGUAAAACUUAGGAAAUAAUUGGAAAUACUUUGAAACUAAGUACCUUUACAAGAACGACUUCAGUGUGACGUAAAAAUUUUUUAUGUGGCAUUUUACUGGUAGUAUCACAGUGGAAUUGUUUCAUUAAAUGUUUAGUAUUCCUACAUGUACCUCUAAAAUUCAUUUUCCUGCCUCAAAAGGAUGCCAACAGGGGGGGGAGGUAUUCAUUCUAAUUUUUUAUUUUAAAUAUUCGUAUUCCUACCAUCAAUAUUCACACUACACGUACUUCAAAACCCAAUAUUCAAUAUUCAUCUUUCACCCACAAUGGCAGUAGGCUUGCUCCUAGUUUUUGUCACCCCUCUAUAAUUUUGGACCUAUUUUUCUAAUGGAAAUGAGACUUAGUUCAAACUUAGAACACAGUCACAUUUUAUAAAGUCAAGAAUAGUCUACAUGCAUGUUUCAAUGGUGUUGCAUAUAUCAUGAUGCCUUCCCAUUACCAUAGAGAUACUUGAACAAUAUAGAAUAUAAACCAAUAGACAUAAACAUUUACUUUUCAAAUGACUAUACAUGGAAAUCUUGCUUUGUUGGCUGACCAGCAAAUUGUCUCCCAUAUAAACUGCCCUUGGCUAAUUUCCUCAUAUUUAGCAUACAAUUAUUGUUGUUGACCAUUUUCGUAUUAAAAAGAGUACUUGCUAUAUUGUCUUUUCAGAAACAAGCCAAGCCUUUACGAAAUUCUCCAGUGCCCGACCAACUCCAAGACAAGCAGCAGAAAGUUGAAAACCUCGAGAAAGAAGUUCAGCAGAAAGAACAACAUCUGAAAUCUUUACGAAACAAGGAGACGUCAAAGAACAACUUGAAGACAAAAUAUGUCAAAUUGUUGGAGUCCAGAGUUAUCGAGCAAGAAGAAAAGCUGCAGAGUUUGCAGUCUGUACAAGAUGAACUUUUUAAAACCAGACUUGAUAAUGAAAAAUUAGGUAGGCAAACUUAGUAAGAUUUUUUAUCAGGGUUCGUAGCGGUCUUUGAAAUCCUUGAAAGUCUUUAAACUGGAAUGCAGGUCUUUGUAGGCUGGAUCGAUAUACCGGAUAUAUCCGAUAUACCAGUAUUUGUUUAGAUACCGGUUUGGCGAUAUUGACAAUUUAAAAAUACCGAUAUACCGACAUUUCGGUAUUUUGCUGCCUAAUACCGAAAUGAAACGCUCUUUCAAGUCAAACUUGCUUACAAUCACGUUUAGAAAGCAAAGUUAAUACUCGCAGAUGCAUGAUUUUGUUCUUACAGUUCUAGCGGCUUUGAUUUAGCAAUACCAGACGUCUUGUUUAUUAAAUCGCCUUAAUCGGAAAUAUAAAAAUGGCGAAAUUUUUAAAGGAAAAUUUCGACAAAAAAGAAAACUUUGAUUUUGGAAGGUGGAAGUACUACCAUUUGCGAAGCAGCGAAAACCUUUUCUGGCUUUUCAAGUUUUUUUACAUGCUUGCUAACUUGUUUAUGUGUUAGUUUUAAAAAUGCAACGUUUUUUAUGUUUAUAACUAUUAGCAGCUUACUGAAACACUAUCUGAAUUUAUAUACAAAACGAAUAUUUUUCUGAAUGAUUCAACACUUCGACGCCCAAUCGACGGCCUACUAUUAAAUAAUUGCCGCUUAGCGCUGUUAAUUGUUAACAUAGCUUGAUAAUGCGAAUCUUGUGACAUUUGCACUAAUAACAGUAUGUGCCACAUUAAUAUUUUGUCAAAACUGAUUUUUCUUGACGGUCAGCACUUCAGUUUGGCUUAAAAAAAAACUCGUUAAAAAUACCGGAAUACCGGUAUUUACCGGUAUUCUGAUGGCGGUAUAUCGGUAUUCGGUAUUUGCGAUAUUGAUCCAGCCUAGGUCUUUGAAGUCUUUGCAUUGUGUGAAAAAGUGAAGAAAGUCUUUAAAAGUCUUUAAAUUCUUUGGUGAGGAAUUGAUUAUACGAUUUCCUAGCUAAUAAAAUAGAUAGAUUGAAUCAAGAUUUUCGCAAAUAUCAACGAAAAUGCGCAUUUUAGGAUGUGAUUUGAUGGCACUAAUUACUGGGUAAAAAUGGUGCUUACACUCGCAAAAGGUCUUUGAAAAGUCUUUGAAAAUAGGCGGAAACAAUCUUUGAAAGUCGUUGAAUUUUUUUGGUCUUGGAGAGUACGAACCCUGUUUAUACUGGACUUCUCAUGAGUGUUGGGGCAAAACAUUUUUCGUAAGGCAAAAAAAAAUUGGUAGGGCAGUUGUUUGUACAGUACUUAAAAAAUGCUUUAAAAUGUUACAACGAAAUUUACAGCAAUUUUGGUUAAAAAGUAAUUUUGAGAGAAACAUGAUUUUAGAUUUUAAAUGCUUUUCAUCGUAAAUAUGCGACAUAGAAAACAAUCGCCUCUUAGUACUUUGUCUUUCCUAACUUAUAUGCUUAUAUAUCUUCUUACUCAUUCAUUGUGUUAUUAACACGAACCUAUUUCUUUUUAGUUUUAGAAUUGAGUCGUUUACGCUCAAUGUUUGUGCUGAAACACCAGCAGUUAGCGGACGCCACGACGCGGGUUGAAUUGCUGAGUAGAGAACUGGCCAGAUCUUCUCAACAAAACGAAAUUUCAAAAGACGGUGCUCCAUUGAACGAAAGAAACACACAGGUUUAAAUUCUAUAUCAAGUUAUAUAUUUUAUAUUUUUGAAGUAUAGGACGAAACAAUCUCCGAAUAUGUAUGUGUUGAAAACUAUACACGCAAAAAUCUCACAUCUUGUAGCAAGUCUGCCAAAAAGUCGUUACUACAAGAUGUCUUCACACUGCUUGUCCAGAGUUAUCAACAAUUUUGGAACAAGCUCUUAGCAACCUUGUUGAUAUUAUCAGUCAGACUUGUUACAAGGUUGCUCCGAACUCUGUUUUCAAAAGCCACAACUCCGUUCUCAAAUGCCAGAACUCCGUUUUCAAUUGCCAUAACUCCUUUUUCAAAUGCCAGUACUCCGUUUUCAAAAGUCAGCACUCCGUUUUCAAAUGCCAGAACUCCGUUUUCAAAUGCCAGUACUCCGUUUUCAAAUGCCAGAACUCCGUUUUCAAGAUUGUAACAUUGUUAUAUCACGACUGUAUCGGAUUUGUUAGAACAACCUUGUCACAACUCUGAUAAUGCCGCCAAGCUUGUUACAAGUUGUUAACAGCUUGUUCCAAACUUGUUGAAACAACUGGGAACAAGCAGUGCGAACACAACUUGUUGAUGGUUUGUUGGCAGACUUGCUACAAGACGUGAGAUUUUUACGCGUGAAGUUAAGGCUUAUCUUAACAUGGGUUUCUUUUUAUUUUUAAAUUUAGCAUGCACAGUACAGCAAGCCUAAUGCUCAAUCAGAUAUAUAUCAGAAACAAUUGCUUAACCAGCAAUAUUUAAGUGAAGCACAGCUCUUACAACUGCAGGCAAAUAAUGGAUACCCCACAAGUACAUUAAACCAUAAUGGACAAGUUGGAAAGGACUUCCUCUUUUUAAGACAUGGGAUUUUGCAAGAGCGUGGCGACCUAAACAGUCUGUUGGCAUGGCAAAAUGACGAAGAAAACGACACGGAGACUAGUGCUGAUUCCGGUCACGUGUCUAAUGACUCGCCUCCUUAUCAAAAUAGACUGGGUCCGAAUUUUCAAUUUUACCCCAACCCCCCGGAUAUGUAUUGCGCAAAAGCUGAACGGUUUGAUAUUGACCAAGAUUUUGGCAGUCAAUUGAAGGGUAACCAGGGGGGAGUUGGACCUCAGGGCCUGAAAGGAAUGUCUGAAGUGGACGGAUGGUCUAAGCUACAAGGAAGGUAUCCAUCGCCUACAAACGGCAGUGCAUUUAAUCCGCCAUUUCAACCCCCCGGAAAUUCAGACCCUGCUCAGCAACUUUUUGUAAACACAGAUGUCAAACAGGGGGGUGUCGGACCAUUCUUGAGACAACAGCAUGUCAAUCGCGAUUCGCCUCAAUCAACAUCGUCAUUGUCCUCCAUGUCUUCAGAGUCGUCGAGAAAUGAGUUGUCCUCGUUCCCAGGGUCACGCCCUAUACGGAUGGGUCCUCAGGCCAAUCCGUCAUCUUCUGGUAUACCAAGCAAUGACAUGCGAAACAUGAAGUCUAACCGCGAUUCUGGUUCACGAUCCACCACACCAACAAAUGAACGUAAACAAUCUACCUCCAGUGAAAGUUCGUCCGAUGCACGUCAGAAGUCCAACCGUAACUCCGGAUCGAAAACCAAUACUCCAACAACCGAACAUAAACCUUUUAUUCCUAACGAAAGUUCAUCCGAUGGAUUGAAUACAAGCCGAACCGUUGGUUCGAUCUCGCAUUAUCACAGGAAUCGUGAAGGGUCUCUCGAGAAUUCAAGUCCUCUAACCCUUGGGCCAUUCACAAAGGAACGAGCUCCAUCACAGACUAGCAACAGCAGUUCAGAAAACUCAAGUCAUCGUGUGAGAACACCGUCUACUGAGAAACCCGCUGUGCCAACAAGUUUAAUGAUUCCUAAAGGAAAUGAGCUUAGGAAUGGUCAUAUGUCACCUACGGUAACAGAGUCUAACACAGGCCCGAAUUUCAAACACGGCAACCAAGUGAAAUCAGAUUCGCCAACAACGAAAACUCGUUCAAUGCCACAACAAGGUGGGGCCGUUAUUCAAAAUGGUCGCUCGUCCCCAAUGGUUCUGGACCUCGCAGCACAGAGCACAAAAAAUCACACGCAGCAAAACAUUAGUCGUAAAAAAUCUCCACUGUCUACUGAGCGCUCAAUCCCCGGUUUAAGUGACCCUAAGGGUCGUUCUUCCCCUGCGAUAUUCGACUCUAAGAGUACUUCUUCCGAUCGGGCAUUUGGCACUACUGGUCGUGCGUCUCCAAAAAUGGUUGACACUAAAAGUCCGACUUCCGAUCGUAGAUUUGACCCUAAAGGUCGAACAUCCCCCCGGGUUUCUGACCCCCAUGUGGAAACCUCGGUGGGUAAUACAUCAAGUAAGCCAGAUAAGGGAGGUUCAAGUCAACCGCCACUGUCCUCUCCUGCGGUAGAGGAACUGCUCAAUGACAUGACUGCAUUAAAAGUUACCACACGAGAAGUUAAGCCAAUUCAAAUCCAAACUAGAGCCGAAAAAGACUCCGAUAAUAUCCCGGUUGAAAAGGCAACCGUUAAAACGAAUACAUCUGUGGUCGAUACGAAAUUACCAUCGGGUGGUCAAAGCAAGCGAGUACACAAGCCUCCUAAGCCUGUCCCGCGAAAGCGAACAAAAACACCGCCGGCUCGAGGUUCUGAUAGUGACAGCAAUCUCAUGGUGACGCCAUCUCAUGAAACUAAGGCAACAAAGUCAAGUGGAAACAAUGCCAAGGGUGGCGGGCAGAAUAAGGAUAAUAAACCCCAAGUGCAAAGCAAGGAGAAACCAAGUGAUGGACUUGGCACUAAAGCAUAUGAUUCGAUCUUAAGGAGCUCUAAGAAGAAGAAGAAAGGAGGUAUGUAUAUUGAGACUAUAAAACCAGGUUGUGGGCAAAAAUUGAAGAAAUUGACAACACUGUUGUCACAACAGUCACAACAGCGAGAUUUUAUAUGUCCUUGCAGUCACUUCAUAAUAUUUUUAUUUCUGGGAUCCUAAAUUUUCUGGUCAAAAUGUUCUGCCAUAUUAUGUAUUAUUCUAAUAUUCUUCCCAAUAAAUUAUUCUCUGUGUCUGUUAGCAUUAUUCAAUGUCCUAAGAUUUUCUGCCAGCUGAGGCAGGUCAGAAAAUUUUCUGGGAUCCUAGAUGCCAGGAUCCACCAUUAAUUCCUGCUGUGUUGAAAAUUUGCUCAUCCUUAUUCUUUCCAAGGUAAAAAGAGCGCGAAACGAGUGAGCUUGGAUCCACAUGCGGUUUUACUUCACGCUUCUCUUGAAGGAGAAUUGGAACUAGUCAAGAAUAUUAUACAUCAGGUUGGUACGAGUACUUUGAGAAUAGAAAUAGGGAAGCUUCUGAGCUUUGAAAUUAGGUAAGGGUAGGUGGCGUUGAACUUUACUGAUAUUUCUCGACUUUGUUUUAUUUCAAAGGUUGAAGACCCAAGUUAUCCGAACAACGAAGGUCUGACUGCAUUGCAUCAUGCUGUAUGCAACAGCCAUGAUGAUAUUGUCAAAUUCUUGAUUGGCUACGGCUGUGAUAUUAAUGCCGCGGAUAUGCAAGGAUGGUAAGAUAUUAUGGUGCAAUAUUAUUCAAUGCAUACCUAUAGACUAUGAAGACCAACGUGACGUGUUUCGUGUUUUUGUUUAGGACAUCGCUGCAUUGCGCAGCGGCGAACAACAGUAUUGAGAUGUGCAAGUUUCUGAUCAACCACGGCGCGUGUGUAUUCGCUGUGACUGCUAUCGAGGGCAAAACGCCAUCGCGAUGUUGCGAGAAAGAGUCGGAAAACUUUGAGCAAUGUUUCACGUAUUUAUCAGGUAAGAUAACAGCAGAGUAUAUUUGGAAGAGGGUAUAAAUAUAAUCUUCAGCGUUCUAUAUAUAGGUCGCAUUUACGCCUGUAUUCUAAAAGCUCACUCACACUCAAUGAGUGAAGGUUCAAUCUGAGCUUCCCUUGAGUGUCAAUGCUCUUUUUGUAUAUCUGGACGGUGAGUAGUAGUCAGAUAGUACGGUACGGCACUACCCUCCAGCUAUUCAGAAACAGCAUUGACACUCAAGGGAAACUCAGAUUGAACCUCCACUCACUGAGUGUGAGUGAGCUUUUAGAAUACAGGCGUUAAACUUUAAAAACUGGAAAAAAAUGAAAAUUCAGAAAGUUGUUAAUAUAAACUAUAUCGUGUGUUGUUCUUUCACAGAGAUUGAAAACAACUUUGGAAUAUCAAACAACGGUAUAGUGUACGCUGUUUAUGCAUAUCAGGCAACUCGUAAAGAUGAGUUGAGUUUCGAAUGCGGAGAGCGCUUGACGGUAGUGCGUCGUGGUGACGUCACUGAAAAGGAAUGGUGGUGGGCUCGUGGCAUUCGCAACCAGUUUGGAUACAUUCCGAGAAACUUGUUGGGGGUUGGUAUUUAUUUUAAACAUUUCUAGUUAAUUUGCCUCCAAGGACUACCGUGUUCGCCUCAAUGUUAAUAAAGAAUGAAAUGGACAAUUUAACUUGUGGAAUUAAAACGAAAACAUUAUUACCGUAAGACAUUUUCGAUAAAGGAAAAUUGUUUACCAUACACUAACGCGCAUGUGGGUGGUUGCUGGAUUGCAAAUUAUUGGGUAGCUUUUUAUGAAAUUUAUCGUAGAUUUCAGAAAGAGUGCCUAAUAUAGCCUGUCCUAACGAAUGUUGUUAUUGAUGAGUCUUGUCUUAUUUUUCCUUGAGAGGAGAGUAUUUUUCAUCAUUACUUAAUUUUUACUGAUUUUUUCUUGUUGUUUUUUUUAUUUAGUUACAUCCUCCAGUUGCUCCCGACGUCUAAAAGUUGUGGUUUGUUGAAAACGAGGCUAUUUUCUCCUUCACGUAUACAGGCGAACGUCGAUGGCUCUUUCUGGACGUGGAAUAAUAUCCUUCAAGAAUAUUAAAUAUCCUUCGAAUAAUCUCUCAAAUAAUUUAAGCAAAAGGAACUGCUUAGUACCCGCUCUUAUUGUCAGUGAAAUUUUGUCACUGUCGUGUGUUGUAUUAACUCUGUUUACAGUAUACUCCCUUUACAUAAACCAUUCAUAGAUCUAAUUUAAUCGUGUAUAUAGUAGUCUAUUUAAUGCAGUCACUAUUUUAGAAUAAAAUCUAAAUUAAUAUAAUCCACACAAUGAACACGUGUUCAGUAGUCUAUUUAAUGCAGUAACUAUUUUAGAAUAAAAUCUAAAUUAAUAUAAUCUAUGCAAUGAACACGUAUUUUAGUAUUUUAGCUGUGUAUAGAAAAUGUCAAAUAGUAUUUAUGAAUUAAAUUGUGAUGUAUAAAUGUUUUCUUGUGUUGUUGUUGUUGUUGUUGUUGUUGUUGUUGUUGUUGUUGUUGUUGUUGUUGUUGUUGUUGUGUUUUGUUUAGUAUUUUUCCUUUGAUACUAUUCUACACCAUCAUCCCUCCACAUUGGCUUAAUGGCACAGAUUUAGUCCCCACUAUACUGAUGACAGCAUGAAGUACAUUGGAUGGAUUGGAUGUCUUCUGUCCAUACUGCUGACCACCAAGGUAAACAUUAAUGAGACCAGGUUCGAUGACCAUUUCAUUUGUAUAGACAGCGAACUGUGCUGCUUGGAUUGUGAAAGAGAGCUAAAAGCAAAAUG